AUCUUUCAGUCGCUCGGCGAUAGACGUCCAGAACAAGCGGCAAGUCUGAUCAUCUUGCAUAUUACGGCAAGAGGACUGGGUUGGCUGACCCGUGAAUGCCACCAAGCCAAUAUGGAUUUGACGACCGACUUCAAGUCCUUUCAGGACAAAGUGCAGAAAGCCCUUGUCAAUGUAACGAGGACCGCAGGCCAGAUCUCAAACGAGGAUCUCAGCUUCCACCGCUCGUCAAGUGAGAAACUGUCUCGGUCACUUAACCAUCAGAAUGCCCAUCUAUUGCGCUUGACCAACAAACUGCUCAAAGCCGCCACCAAAGAUACGAGCCUCAAGGCCCCUGCCCUACAAAAUUCGGAUGGCAUUGACGACAAUUGGCGUCGCGUGGUCGACGUGGUAGAUGAUCUCCUGGAGAAGGCUGAUUCUGCUCUGGACGAGAUCUCCGGAGUUAUCAAGCGCCAAAGCCCCAGUGUGCAAGAUGGAGAAACACCAUCGCAGUCUGCAAGACUGGGCAGAAACCGAUUCUCAAAUACCAUGCAGAAGCCCCAGGUACAUUUUGAGACCAAGGUCAAUAACACCGAGACGCGACCCUUCAAGCCGCUCCUCAAAUCCAAGCCUCAUGCCAAAGUGCCUCUCGAGGAGUCCAUCGGCGAGGAAGAGUCUGGCUACAAGCAUCCGUACGCAGCAGAAAUCGAAAGCUACACCUACCCUGCUUCUGUUCACGAGAUCAGACCUCCGAUACCCUUUGAUCCACCUGAGCAGAGCGAGCCGAUCUACGUCGACACCGAGGAAGGUGUGAAGGAGAUGUUACAAGAGCUGAAAAAUGCCACAGAGAUCGCCAUUGACCUCGAACACAACGAUAUGCGCUCGUACAUCGGCAUGGUGUGCCUCAUGCAAAUCAGCACAAGGGAAAAAGAUUGGAUCAUCGACACCUUGAAACCAUGGCGACAGAAUUUGCAGAUACUAAACGAGGUUUUCGCCGACCCCAAUAUCCUCAAGGUCUUCCACGGCUCGAACAUGGACAUGAUCUGGCUACAGCGAGAUCUUGGACUGUAUGUUGUCGGCGUAUUCGACACCUUCCACGCUGCGACCGCCUUGCAAUUUCGGGGCCGAGGUCUCAAGCACCUGCUGCAACAGUUUGCCAAUUUCGAAGCACAAAAACAAUAUCAAACCGCCGACUGGCGAGUUCGGCCCUUACCUCAAGAACUGCUCGACUAUGCCCGCUCAGACACACACUUCCUGCUCCACAUCUACGACAACAUUCGAAACAUGCUCAUCGAAGCAUCCGCCCCCAACGACAACUUGAUAGACUUUGUCCUUCGAGAGUCCAAAAAGGAAGCCCUUCAGGUCUACGAACGUCCAACCUACGACGUGGACACGGGACGCGGCUCACUUGGCUGGCUCAACCUCCUCAUGCAGCGCUCCGUCAACUUCGGUCCUCAGCAGUUCAGCGUCUUCCGAGCCGUGCACGAAUGGCGCGACCGCAAAGCACGAGAAACAGACGAGGGCCUGCAGUUCAUCAUGGCAAAUAACAUUAUCUUCCAAAUUGCUGAGAGCAUGCCAACCUCGACUUUCAAUUUCCACGCCUCGAUCCGCGGAAACACAAAGACCAUUUCAAACCACCUGCCCGAACUCAUCGAAGUCGUCAAGAAAGCCAAGGCUGAAGGCAAGGACGGCAAGACGGUCCAGGAAGUCCUCAAGCACGCCGAGGACGCUUAUGGCAUUACUCCGCGUCGCGCCCCCAAACGUGAGCCGCACCGCGAACAACCAAGCAACUACGAAGGCGUGGGCGCGACCUUGAAGCAACUCAUGGCUAGCAGGGACGUUGGCGGCACUGGCACGCCUUCUCCCGCGCCCCUCAAUUACGACGGCAACGUGGACAUGGACACGCCUGUGGCAAUGCGCUCGUCUGCUUCUCAUUUCUGGGGCGCCGUCACGCCGCAGCACAUGCACCUCCCCACAGAGGCUGUCACGGCCGUCGCUGCACUGCAAGCCAUUCUUCCACUUGCCGGGGCUUUCAACGAUCAAGACCCUGCUCAGCCCGCUGUCAGGACGCCCGUAUCAGAAACACAAUCACAUCCACAAACCCAAGCACAACAGGCCUCCAAGAACGGUGACAUCUUCACGUUGAAGGAACGUUCCCGCUCCAAGAAGCGCAAAGCUGACGAUGUUGAGGCGGAUGCCGGAACUGAGACCAUCGCGGACAUCCCAGCAUCAGCUCCAGCCAUGGCAUCCACCGACGGCUCACCCUCUGCUGGCCAAGACGAUGGAGCUGCGGCUGUAACUGAAAAGGACCCUGCGUACGAAGAUAAGCGCCAGGCGAAGAAGCAGAGAAAAGCAGAAAAGAAGGCCCGCAAGGAAGCCGAGAAACUCGCGGCGGACCAGGCGGCACAAGGCAGUCAACCCUUCGACUAUGCUAAUGCAGAGUCUCUGCUGACUCCGACGACUCAACCGGCGCAGGCAAAUGGUCAAGCGGCAAAGAGGAUCAAUCCAUUCGCCAAGGCGUUGGACACAAGUACAGGUGCGAGACGGGGCAAGAUGGGCCAGGAGCUGGCCGGAAAGAGCAUGACUUUCAAGUCUUGAUUGCUUGGGAUUCCUUCUUCGUCUAACAAGCUUUUCUUCCGGUAUCCAUGAUCGUGGUGACGAUCGAAUACCAGAUAGUAUCAGCAGGAGCCAUCACUUGAUGCACAGCACUAUCGAUAUCUACCUCUUAAAGUGUUGUGCUCGCGCGCUUCGAGCUUGUUCAGCAACAUACAUAGAAAGAUGCCCUGCACAAUCCCCCACCACACCACCGUCCUAAGACCCAUCAUUUUUCGUGUUCAGGUUUGCACAUAAUCACAUCGCAGAGGGCACUCUUUGUGUCGUUGCUGGCGCGCCUUCACAGUCGCAUUGACCGAAACGUCUCCAGAAACUUCUUGUGCCGGCAUGAACCUGUCAUCCUCCCUACCCGUAUGGGGACUAUGGGGCAA